AUGAAGCUUACAUUAGUAGUUGAAGAUACUCGGUUUGUAGUGGAAAAGUCCAUUUUUGUCGCUCAUCCGAAUACCAUGCUAGGCAGAAUGUUUGGCUCAUGUCUUGAAAGUAGCAUUACUAAAUCAAAUGAAAAUGGUGAAUACGAAGUUAGCAAAGGUGUUUCCUCUGUAGUUUUUAAGAGUAUAUUGGGAUUUUAUAAAUAUGGUUACAUCUCUUGCCCACCCAGUGUCUCCAUUAAAGAACUCAAGGAAGCUUGUGACUAUUUUUUAAUUCCGUUCGACUUCAAGACUAUCAAAUGUCAAAACCUGAAGGAUUUACUGCACGAACUGUCGAAUGAUGGUGCUCGUAAGCAAUUUGAAAAAUUCUUGGAGGACCAUAUACUUCCAGCAAUGGCUACUUGCGCGGAGACAGGAAUAAGAGAAUGUCAUGUUGUCAUCUUAGACGAAGAUGAUUACAUUAACUGGGAUGAAGAGUAUCCUCCAAGAAAUGAAGAAAGAGCCCAAUUGAUAUUCAAUUCAGAAAUGUACAGAUUUUUUAAAUUUGUUGAAAAUCGUGACGUUGUGAAAGAAGUAUUAAAAGAGAAAGGAUUGAAGAAAAUAAGAUUGGGGAUUGAAGGUUGCCCUACGUAUAUGGACAAAGUUAAACACAGGGGAAGUGGUGCUAGACCUGAAGUAAUAUAUAACUAUAUCCAACGGCCAUUCUUACAUGCGUCAUGGGAAAGUGAAGACGCCAGAGGCAGGCACGUCGACUUUCAAUGUGUCAGAUCAAAAUCAUCAAAUAAUUUAUUAAGUAGCAUUAAUGUAGACAAUGUUUUAAAUGUUGAUCAAUUACCUUCUGAUGGAGAAGGUAUUGAGUUUGUUGAAGCUGUCAAUCCCUCCAUUGAUUAG